UGAUGAGUUUCGGAGCAACUGACGGUCGACGUGAGAGUAUUAACAGGGAAUGCCUGAGUAACGGUCGAGGACUCUGAGCAGGGCUGCACUGGUCUCCGGACGCCAUUGGCAGACCAGAGUUCAAUGCCUUCGCUUCGGACGAGUCUUCUUCGCGUUUACGUUAGUCAGCUGAAAGCCAAGGCCGCGCUAACACCUAUCCUUCGACCUGCUCCUGCUUCUUCUAUCCUUCCCGUCCGUCCCUGUCUUAGUUCGAUUCAGUUUUUGUGAUUCUAUAGGAUUUAUCGCUUUAUCUUUCAGAUGGUGUGACUCGGCCAUUUUCGUCCUAGACUCUUCUAGGAUAUCCCCAUCAAGUCGCUUACUCUACAAUGGACCAACAUUCAAGAUGUUCAAUAGUUCUGUUCAUGACAGUGUGCGAACUUGUAGUUUUAGGAUUAACAACUCCAGUAUGGAGCCCUCAGCAAUCUUCUACAGGAUUUGGUCGGAACAUCCGCCACCUCCCCUGUCUGAGUCGCAGGACCGGCGAGACUGGAGUCUGCAUGUUCGCCUUUUCCUGCGCCAAGGCCAAUGGCACUCACCUCGGAACGUGCAUCGACCGCUUCUACUUCGGCAGCUGCUGCAAACUCGCCGAGCAGAACGAUAUAGUCGCCGAGCCCAUAGAUAACAAUCAUAUCGCAGAAGAAUUCCCCACUUUGUCCACGGAAAGCUACCAUAUUUCCACCUACCAAUCCGUGCACAACGUAAAAAAUACUACGGCAAAACCGGCCGUUCAGUCAACGACAACGCCUAGAAAUAAACCAGAAUCUACGACACCAAAACCCGCAAAGAAACCGACGACGAAACCACCAGUAAGUGUCACCUCAGCGUACACAACGAAACCGUUCACAUCCAGCAAACCGUACACGGCCAACACGGCCAAACCGAAACCUUCCAGUCGACCGUCGCUAAAGCCACCGAGUACUGGAAAACCCUCCUUGACCUCCAAACCCUCAUCAUCCUCUAAACCCUCCACUAACACGACCUCUUCCAAGCCGCCACCGUCAAAACCCUCUUCAAAACCCCCUUCAAAACCCUCUUCUUCAAAGCCAACGUCGAGACCGUCCAGCAAACCCUCGGUAUCGUCAAAACCAAAACCCUCUAAUGCGACAACUUAUGCAAAACCUGGACCGACGAAACCCGUCAACGGAACUGCCACCAAGCCGUCAAAACCGUCACCUACAAAAAGACCGACAAUCUCGACAUCCUCAAAGCCUUACAUAGCCACACAAAAACCGUCGCUGUCGACGUCAAAGCCAUCGUCGAAACCUACGAACAAACCAAAGCCUUCGUCGGCGAGACCUCCGACAAAACCAACAAGACCAGUACCAUUGGUGACGGCGUCGACGACGGACCCUAACUACGUCAAGUUGCCGGUGGUGACCGCCACGACACAGAGACCGACCUCCGAGGUGACGGUCAUCAGCAACGAGGUUGUACCGAAGCCCGCAUCAGAGACACCGACCAACGUGUCAUUGGAACACGAAGAGGAAUCCUCCAACGUGAUCGGUCCAACCACCGCCUCACCACUAUUGGUCACUUGGACCACCGUUGACGAAGUGCCUGUGCCUCCCCUUCCCAAACCAGCCUCCACGCCGAGCUCCACUCCCGUCAAAAAUGAAACGAAGCCAACGACAACUUUUACAGAGACUACGCAAUCCUCGCCAACUUGGGUACAAGUUUCUGUCUCUACUCCAUCUUCUGCUACAGAUGCAGCGAAACCAGGGCCAGUGUCUAGUGUUGCUUCUACUUCCCCAACGUCUUCUACGACUCCCCAACCUCAAAACCAGACUGAGGCAACAACCCUUGAAGUGACAUCUGCGAUCUCUUCCGCGACAACUCCAGUUGCCAAGUUCAACGAAACCUCCACUACCUCCACUUCCUCCACUUCCUCAAUUCCCUCGUCCAACGUCUCAGCCUCCUCCCUUCCGGAAGUCACAACAGAGGUCCUCCACAACGAAAUCAACACAGAAAACGUCAACAUGUCCGACUAUCUAGAUGUCUGCGGUCGACGACUCUUCCCUCAAUCAAGGAUCGUGGGCGGAGAUAAGGCUUCAUUCGGCAAAUGGCCUUGGCAGAUUUCACUGCGCCAAUGGAGAACUUCCACCUACUUACAUAAAUGUGGAGCAGCUCUUUUGAAUGAAAACUGGGCCAUCACAGCCGCUCAUUGUGUGGAAAACGUUGCCCCGAGCGAUCUUCUUCUUCGACUUGGAGAGCACGAUCUAUCGCAGGAAGAUGAACCUUAUGGUUAUCAGGAGCGCAGAGUCCAGAUAGUUGCGUCUCACCCUCAGUUUGACCCAAGGACCUUCGAGUAUGAUCUUGCUCUCCUGCGUUUCUACGAACCAGUCACCUUCCAACCCAACAUUAUCCCGGUCUGCGUCCCACAAGAUGACACUAAUUUCGUAGGAUCUACCGCAUAUGUCACAGGAUGGGGAAGACUUUAUGAAGAUGGACCCCUUCCUAGUGUUCUUCAAGAAGUGUCUGUGCCUGUGAUCAACAACACUGUCUGUGAGACAAUGUAUAGAGCUGCAGGAUACAUCGAACAUAUCCCAGAAAUUUUCAUUUGUGCCGGCUGGAAGAAAGGAGGCUUUGACUCUUGUGAGGGAGACUCAGGGGGGCCCAUGGUGAUCCAACGCCCAGACAAGCGAUGGCUGCUGGCGGGGGUCAUCUCCUGGGGUAUCGGCUGUGCAGAGCCAAACCAACCAGGUGUCUAUACCAGAAUAUCUGAGUUCCGAGGAUGGAUAAACCAGAUACUUCAGUUCUAAAUCAGAAAAGACAGUGUUUUGGUUUAGCAUUCAACUCAA